UGUAUCCUUGUGAAUCCUUAAAAUUUAAAGAAAAUAGUAGUGCACACGCAUGAAAUUUAUAUUUCCUUUAAGAUAUUGAAAAAGGUUAUGUUUAUAACAUAGCUUAUCGAUCGACCAGUGUUUUUAACUGAGUACAUUGUAUUACAUUGUAUCCAGAUAUGGCGCAAAAAAAUUGGGGAUUUUGUGAUUUAUCAGUCAGCAGGGAUUGCGACAUUAGUAAAAUAUAUUGUUUGCAGAAAUUAGGGCUUAAUACAGUUGCUAUUAAUACACACGUAGAAGAAGUAAGUGAAGAGCCGAAAAAGAAAAAACGGAAAGGGGAAACAAAGGAGAAAAAAGAUUUUGUACCGGAUCCUGUAGACAUUCCAAAAGACUUAAACAAAGGUGAAAUUAACAUUCUUCAGAGAGUGACAAUAGAGUUUUCAGAAUCUAGCAUUAGCCAUAAGUUCAAUCACUCUGAAAAUAUUAGGAAAUAUGAUAUAAUAGCUGUUGUUCCUAAAACAUUACAAGCAUUUCAAUAUGCAUGCUCCAGUCUUGAUGUUGAUAUUAUCACUUUCGACCCUCAGACUAGGCUGUCUUUCAAAGUCAGCCGUAAGUUAUACAAUCAAGCAGUAGAAAGGGGUUUGUUCUUUGAACUUAUGUAUAGUCCAGCAAUUAAAGAUUCUACUGCAAGAAAAAAUAUUAUAAGCAUGGCUCACACUUACUUUGCUGUUGGCAAGUCAAAUAACAUUGUUAUAACAAGUGGAGCAGAUAAUUAUAACUUCAUUAGAGGGGUGCACGAUGUCAUUAACCUUGGCUUUAUAUUGGGCAUGAACAGUAAUCAGAGCUUGGACUCUAUUAGAAAUAAUGCUCGCCGACUUAUAAUCAAAGCUGAAGGAAGGAAAAGUGGAAAGCAUUAUAUGAUAGUGACACAUGGUAAAAAAGAAAAAAAUAAAACACUUAAAGAGUAA